AUUUGCCAGCUCAAGCUCACGUCGAUCAUCAUGCCGACGUUGUUGGAACAGUACCCCGCGCUCUCUGUGAUCUACCCAUUCGAGUGGGAGAACAAGUACGAGUUCACGUGGGAAAAUGAGUUCUGCAAGGACACCAUGACCCACAUCAUUGCACUCUGUGCCGUGUACUGCGUGCUGUGUCUCGGCGGCCGCGAAGUCAUGAAAAAGUUCUCUCCGUUCGGGCUCACGUCCGCCCUCGCCUUGUGGAACUUGGGCUUGGCGGUGUUCAGUACCAUCGGCAGCAUCCGCACCGUUCCUUUCCUCCUCAACUCCCUCUUCACCCGGGGUGUGUACCACAACGUGUGCUCGGAAGCGUUCCCUCACUACGGCCGCGGUCCCGUCGGUCUGUGGGUCACGCUGUUCAUUUUCUCCAAGAUCCCCGAGUUGGUCGACACCAUGUUCAUCGUGCUCCGAAAGAAGCCGCUCAUCUUUCUCCACUGGUACCACCACAUCACCGUGUUGAUGUUCUGCUGGCACGCGUACGCCAACCUGUCGCCAAUGGGUCUGUUCUUUGUCGCGAUGAACUACACCGUGCACGCUGUCAUGUACUUCUACUACUUUCUCGCCGCCAUCGGCAUCCGCGCGCCGUGGGCCAAGUUUGUCACGGUGAUCCAGCUCACGCAGAUGGUGGUGGGCGUGGCCGUGUCCGUGGCGGGCGUGUACUACAUCCGCAGCGGCGCCCCUUGCUUGCUGGACCGGGAGAACCUCAAGUGGGCCAUCAUCAUGUACUCGUCGUACUUUGCGCUCUUCCUCAAGUUUUUCAUCGAACGAUACUUCCUCAAGAAGACCACCACUCCCGUGGCCAAAAAGACCGUCUAAAAUAUCCAUUUUUACUUUUAACUUCAACUUGCACUUCAAACCCCACCCCCCAACGGGGUAUAUGAUUGGUCCACAAACUAACGUUUCGGGGUUUCGGGGUUUCUUGUUUGCCAAUUGAUCGUGCACUUGAAAGAGACUUUGUUGUAUAUACUAGUAACGGGGUUUC